AAGAAAGAACGAAGUGGGAGCGGAUUGGUCGAGUCUUGUCACGUGACCUGUGUUUCGUUCCCCCCAAAGGGCACUGGGAAAAGUUUUUUCCCUAACUCGGUGCAUGGAAAACCGCACGAGCGUCGCGCCACACUGUUGUGACCGUUAAUCAUUUUGAACGUUGUGACGUUAAACACCGAAACGCUCGAGGACUGCUAGCGUUGCCAUGACAAUGAUGUCAAACAUGGAAAAGAUUGAGUUCAGCCUAAACAGUCAGGAGAUAAGGAUCCAAAUAAUGAACUAAAAACAAAAACCUGACAGUUUAUUGAGAGGAAUAGUAUAACACGUUUUGAUUUCAAGUUUGUAGAUAUAAACAUGGCGCAGGAGAGCAGCAGCGAGACCGGAGACGCGGACCGAGGCAGCGGAGGCUCGAUGGAGCGCAGCCCGGGCGGAGACGUGCUGAGGCGGCGGUGGCGCUCAGGAAACACCGAGGCGCAGGUGCGGGCCGUCAGGGCGACGCUGAUGGACGCGCUGGGAGCUCAUGAGCGGCUCAUCACCUACGUGCAAGCCGUGCUUCUGUGGGAGAAGCCCGCACACAGCGUGGUCCUGUACACCCUCACCAACUGCGGCUUCUGGCUUUUUGCAUUGAGCUCGUUCAGGCUGAUCUUCCUCCUGGCAUCGGGACUGGCGCUGGCGGUCUGCAUCGACAUGUGGAGGAGCAAGAUUUGGCCCAAGAUCAGAGUGAAGCGUGUGGAUGAGGGUGAAAACGAAAGUUGGGGUCUGGUGCAGCCCGACACCCUGAGCGUACCCGAGUUGUGCCACUACACGGCCGAGGUUUGGGUGAGCGGAGCCUCGCGUGCCGCCGAUGUCAUCGAGUAUAAACGACACAACCCUGGACAGUUCUGUGUGAUGGUGUGUGGGCUGUUCUCUCUCCUGGCCACGGUGGGGCGCUACAUCCCCGGAGUCGUCCUCUGCUACGGCACUGUGUGGGGCGUGUUGUUGUGUCCUCUGGCGCUUUAUCACCGCCUGUGGCAGCGUGUGUGUGUGAGGCUGGAGCCGGCCCUGCAGUGGCUGGACUUCAGCAACAAAGGCUACAUGAUGUCCAAACCCAUAGACAACCAGUUCCUUCGUCGACCAAUCAGAAGUGGCACCUCGGGUGAUGUCAGCGACAGCGAAGAGGAGUUAGCCGCCUUCUGCCCUACAUUUGACGAAGAAGCCGUUGCUAAGGAAUUCGCGUUGACCGACUCUGAGCACUCGGAUGCAGAGGCCUCAUACACGGAAAACGGCACCUUUAACCUGUCUAGGGGACAGACUCCUCUCACCGAGGGCUCAGAGGAACUCGACAGACACAGUGACCCCGAGGAGUCGUUUGCGCAGGACCUCCCGGACUUCCCGUCUAUCAACCCAGACGCCACGCUGAUGGAGGACGACGAUGACCCGAGCCUCGGGCUGCCCAGCCUGCCCUUGGCGGGCGUCUCCGGCCCCCGCACCUCCGCCUCGUCCGCCUUGCUAGACCUCGACGCGCAGCUGGACUCGGACCAGGACGACCUCGACACCGACCUCUCUCUCGGCGGCCUCAACGUGACCUCCGACCUCGCCGGCGAUCUAGCGGGCAUCCUGGCCAGCAACAUGAUCCAGGCCGCGCUCUCGGGCGCCAUGCAGGCCCCGCGCGCGUACAGGAAACAGUCGAGCUCGGAGCUGGACCCGGACUUGGACCUGGACCUGGACCAAGACCAGGAUGACUUUGAGAUGCUGGACCAGUCCGAGCUCAACCAGAUGGAUCCUUUAGGGAGCUCGGGGGCGAGAGGGAGCGGCCAGAACAGAACACAGGGCUCGAGCUUCCUGUCCAACUUACUGCGGAAGCCACAGUGAGAGCCGCGUGUGUGUGUGUGUG